UAACUACUUCGACAGGCACUAAGUGAUAUUCUUCCAGUGCAUCAAAAAAUAUUGAUUGGUGUUGCCUUUGGAUAGACAAAUUAGGUUUCAUUCACUCGAUUCCUUCUUAGUUGGAGUGCGAAGAAGUUGUGUGCUGUCUUCGUUAAGGUUACUAGGUCCAUCUUAAUGAAGGAACCCAGGACAUAAAUUACACGACUUUGGAUUGGAUUUGGAUUGAAGGCUUAACCGUUUUACAGAACCAGGUGCACAUGUGAAGAUCACCCAUCUUAAUGUGUGUCAAUCACGAGAUUGGAAAAGAGCCGGUCUGCCUUCCCCUGCAAGUUUUCGAUGUAUGAGAGGAUCUCGAUACGUAAUCUGUGUUCGGAAAAAAGCUGCACGAUGAAUAUAGCUACGGUGCACUAAAUGCCAUCUCCUCUGCAAUCUAUGAAUGGACCGGUCAGAGAGGACUUCACAUCGAUGGUGGGAGCCUGAGAGGUUUCAAUAUAAGAGCUUUGGGUAGUCAUGCUCAAAGAUACAGUUUCAUCUGAAUUGUUGAUCAGAAGUUGGAUUCGAUUGCUGCCAGAAGGCGACAAGCGUAGAGUGAUUAGCAUGGAUACAGACAGUGCUCUUGAGCGUGAGCAGUGUCGAAGUUAGGAGAGGAAAACCAACCGAUCUGUCUAUUGAGUUUCGUAAAGUAUAUUAUGACUUUCAGCAGACUGGAGAUGCCUAUCGGCCGGCAUGGCCUAGCCACUUCCUCUCCAUCGUGCGGACGGUAGAGUCUAGAAUCAUGAGAUUCCGUUCCAUCCUUUGGUCGAUGAUGGCAACCGAGAAGCCAAAUUCUGCAUUGCCUAUAACUGCCGGCGGCAAAGACUCUGCUUUUCACCCUCUUCAUCUCAAGAAUUUCGGUCAUCCGCUCACGAUAAUAUGAAUUUGAUCAAUGCUGCAUGAUUUCACUCGUGGACACAUUGUUGACUUUGGGUGAUGUGCCGAGUAAUCACAGCGUUUCAGAGGGUUUUAUUAUGCGAUGUGAACUUGCCAAAAGGUGCUGCAUUAAUCUCAGGGAGAAGAUUUAUCACUGGCUGUGUAUGCGUACUCUGAAGUUGCGAUUGAAAUUGGUGCAGAUAAAGUCGGAUUGGAAGGCAUUCAAGUGGAUUCCUUGAAGUUGUGAACGAUUUUCCAACUUUUAAUGUAGGUGAAGGUAGCGAUAGGGCAGAGAGAUUUACCAUUUAAUGGCGAUUCGAAAUGAGGCGAUAACAUCAGAAAUUUGGAGUUUCUGUGUUGUGAGUGCCGUUGAAUUUUCUGACGUCUCCGACGUGGGGUAUAUAGUUCUGCUUUAUCAGUCGUUCAUGGCCUCUAGCAUGCAAAGCCUGCAGUAAAAAGCACAAUUAAUUUCAUCAAAACACGAAUUGUAAGGAAAAAAGCGGACUUGGUUCAAAAGGAUGAAAGAACGUGGUCGAGGGCAUGGAUCAGGGUUGACAAGGACAAGCUCCACUGGAUCCUCUCUAUCAUCUGGUGGAGGAUCAGCUCGUCGUGCAGAGAGAGUGCAAGUUGUGGUGCGAUGCCGACCAAUGCUAGUGAAAGAGAAUGCAGAGGGUCGAAACAACUGUGUGCUGGUGGACACAGUUGGCAGUACAAUACAAGUAAAGAAUCUGAAGCAACCCGAACAGGAGCCGAAGCUGUUCACCUUCGACAAAACUUACGACGCGACCUCCACACAGAAACAGCUAUAUGACGACGUCGCCCAUCCCAUUGUGCACAGUGUUAUGUGUGGUUACAAUGGCACCGUGUUGGCCUACGGACAGACAGCUUCCGGAAAGACCUUUACAAUGGACGGGCUUGACGACCCUCCUGAAAUGCGGGGUAUUAUACCGCAAGCAUUUGAAGGCAUUUUCACCCACAUCCAAGAUAGCCAGAGUUCUGACAACUUUCUGGUGCGGGCCUCGUAUUUGGAGAUCCACAAUGAGGAAAUUCGGGAUCUGUUGGCUACUGGCUCACAAUCUUCGUCACGUCUGGAGCUGAAAGAGAAUGUGGAAGGCAACGUGUAUGUGAAGAACUUGACCUCAAUCACUGUUCAAAGCGUUGCUGAUAUCAGUCAUCUUCUUACGGUCGGCAAGAAGAGCAGGUCAGUUGGAGCGACGCUGAUGAAUCAAGACUCGUCUCGCUCGCACUCUAUCUUUACCAUUACUGUAGAGGCAAGUGCCCGCAGUUCAUCAGCAGAAACUGAUGGCAGCAUGCACAUCCGAGUGGGCAAGCUGAAUCUGGUGGAUUUGGCUGGGAGUGAGAGACUGAACAAAACAGGAGCUACCGGAGACAGAUUCCGCGAGCUCACAAAUAUCAACUGGUCUUUAUCUGCUUUGGGCAAUGUCAUCUCUGCCCUUGUGGAUGACAAAAGCUCGCAUGUUCCUUACCGUGAUUCGAAACUCACUCGCCUCCUGCAAGACUCACUUGGAGGCAAUACCCGCACUGUUAUGAUCGCCAACAUAGGUCCAGCUGACUACAAUUAUGAUGAGAGCGUGAGCACUUUGAGAUAUGCGAACCGGGCUAAGAGUAUCAAAAACAAGCCUCGUAUCAACGAAGAUCCAAAAGAUGCCAUCUUGCGCGAAUUCCAGGAGGAGAUUGCGAGGUUGAGAGCGCAAUUGCAAGCCAGCAGUCCAGUAUUGGAUGAAAGGACACCGAAUAAGAUAGAUCCUUCGAGCCCGAGUGCUGUGGAUCUGGAGCUACACAUGCAGCAACUCAGGGCGAAGAUGCAGGAGGAUAUGGAGCACCAAGUCUUUUUGCACAAAUCUAUGAGUGACCAAGCCAUGGCCUGCAUCAAAGCUGAUUUCGAACAAAAGACACAGUCCGAGAUGCAAGCUUUGAAGGCAGAAAAAGAGAGAUCAGAUGAAGAAAAGCAACGCAUUGCUCAGCAACUACAGCAGCAGCAUGUGGAGCUGCAGUCACAUUACCAGGCUUUGGCACGCGAGAAGGAAGAUCGGGAUGUACUGGCUGCCAAGCUCCGAGCCUUGGAGGAAAAGCUUGUUCAUGGCACGAACAAUGAUAAUGAGAAGCUCCUGGAAAAAGCAAAGCAAAAGGAAGUGGAGCUCGCAUUGCGUGAGCAGCAGCUUCAAGAGAAGGAGAACAUGGACGAAGAGCGUCAGCGGAAGAUAGCAGAGCUUGAGGAAGCUCAGCUAAUGGCAGAAGAGAAAUGCAAUACGAUGGAGGAAGAGGUGGAAAUGAAGACUCGCAAGCUGAGGAAGUUGAUGGCACGAUAUCAACAGAGUAAAAAUGAUAUUAAUGCGUUACGUACUGAACUCCAAGAUACGAUCCACGAGUUUCAAAGAGAGAGAGCCGACAUGUUCUUGUCAUUGCGUUCCCUCGAUCAGCAGCUGCAGCUCAAGAACUUCCUAAUUGAUAAAUUCAUAUCACCUGAAGAUUUGACUAAGGUCAUGCGUCGAGUUCAUUGGGACGAGGAGAACGAGAUUUGGAACUUAGUCCAGAACGCGCCUGUAAGGUCACUUCCGUAUAAUGGUCCAACAAGAGUUUCCAUCGACGGCUUCACGAAGCAGCCCUUACUUCGGCCGAAUUCUGCAAUUGGUCGUAGUAGACCCCCACUGCGACAACCGGAGCAAACCUUAUCCCAAAGUGAACGCGACCGAUACUUAGUGGACAACAUCUUGAAGAAGGACCAGGAUGUGUCCGAAGGUCGCAACCAUUUUGAGUUUGGUGACAAUUCGCAGUUGUCGUCCAGCAAAGUGGACAUUGAGCACGCUCUUCGCGAGUUUCGUGUCGACAAUAAACCCUCCUUUACAUGGGAUAGAGAGCCGCAACAGGUCACACCUGCUGCCGCAGGAGCACGGCCUAAAUCUGCUCGCACCAAACAGCACAAUCCACGGCCCCGCACCGCACGAUAGCCACCCAUUUUUUUAACUGUAAUAUUCAACAUAACAGCCCACGUGCAUUACUCUCAUUUUCUUUUCCUCAGCACAUUGUCAGGACUGCGGAAUUGAACUCAGUAAGAACUGUGUGGAAUGUAUCCGGAAAGGGCUUCUCUCCAUCGGGACACUAUCCGAAGGUUUUGACUUGAACGCGGUAGUUUCUUGCAGAUUCUCUACAGUUUGGUCCCAAAAAAAUUGUAGUGCUACAUUGUUAGUUGUCAAGAUUGGUGCCACAUGCAAGCCACUUGAUGCAGUCUGGUGUGCUUUCAGUUGAGAAUCAAAGUUUGAAUUCUUAACUGCUACAUAGAUUAUGUAUCACACAAUUCGCUUCCAUCCGGGGACGCAUAUGUCACUAGUUUAAGUAUUUAAGUAUGCCUGCUUCGGUGAGAGGAGUUCUAAGGACGUGUCUAUGUCCACUAGAUAAGGGUCCUCGAGAAGUACUCAACCAAUAAGCUUGACUGGAUUCGAAGAAGUAGAUUAUAAUGCUUUCCGAGGCAUGCAAAAUGUUAGCAUUGAGGUUUUCAAGAGACUAGGCACGUACCAAGCCAUCAGCCAAGAACACAGCGAGACGAUUGGCUGAUAUUUCUAAUUUAUGCUGUGAAACUUCCUAAUUCUUACCAA